ACCAUUUCUCUCACCUUGAAGGCAGUCCCAAGGAUGCACAUUGCCAAAGCAAGCAACCAUCAAGACACUCAUGGGGAAUCAAUGAACUGCAGCUGCAAUUAUCAAAGUAUCUUAAAACAACUGCUCAAGUUCCAAUUUGAAGAGUAGUUUUGACAUGAAGGCACAAUAUAUGCUGGUUAAAUAGAUUUAUUUCUGUAACUCCUUUGGCGGCAACAAAUCACGUGAAAUUUUUAUCAGAUCAUUAUUCACGUGACUAGACAGCCAACCUCAUCGCCGGACAAACUUCGAGUCAGCGAUUGUCGCAUGAGAUGACUCUUAUACCAACGUAAGGAACAUGUCGCCUUUGUCCUGACUAUAUACAGCUGGCGUCUACCUGGCUGUAACCUUGCUCUCUCUGAUCCCCCCGUUUGCUACCCCCUUCCACACCCAUAAAACCAAACUUGCCUAGUUUCACGAUCACAAAAGCUCGGAGCUCAAGAUGAUCCAGUUACUCCAUUCAGUCUCACAUAUUCGUUAUUCUCGUACAAAUACUCGGCAUUUAGACCUCUUAUACUUCGCCUACGGACCAGCCCGGCUACAGACUUGCCCUUAAAUCGAGCUCAAAAGUUUGAAUAUAGGAAACGGUAGGCCGAUGCCUAUCGUAUCUAGUGGAUUGGUUGGGAAUCGCCUAUCAGCAAUAUCCUUUAUACACGGCUAUCAGGUUUCGGAUGGCAUCGGUUUUCACCUAUGAUCCCGAUCCGCCGCGGGUGUCGUCCCCAUGGUCGACUCCUGGCUCUACGACACCACGACGGAUUCCUUCAGGAAAUCGUGACGCGACAUCCCAAGAAGCUUCUUUACGUACGUUCGAUCCAAACGACCCAAAUUUCCUAGUAGAUUACGGAAUUACAAAGUUGGAGGUAGAGCCACAGGAUGGACCGACGGAGUAUAAACUUCACCUUCUGUUACGUUCGCGGCGUUCCUUUCUGUCAUUAUCCACAGGGAACCUGACAUCGGGCUCCGUUCACUCCAAACAGAGUCCAGUUGGUCCUGAACCUUCGUCAGUUUCUUCGGAGCCGGUAAUUAGGCCGACGCAGGCACAGUCUAGUCAAUCGCGCCAGCACCGGAUCCAGCAACUGACUACUCAGCUUCUCUGGCGUUUACAGCAAUCUUCCCCCUUCCACUCAUCUUCCACUGUUGGUUUGGUCCUUCCUGUUCUACCAGAAGCUACCCCGACCCUUAAUGUCCCUAGUAAGCCUGCUCGACUUCUUCCUGGCCUUGAGGAAUCCCAGGGAGCCUUGUACGAGAUUGGAGUCUCAGAUGAUGGUACAUUUGUUGGUCUUGCUGAAGAUGAACUAGAGGAAAGCCUUACCAAUCUUAAAGCGAUGGCUGCGAGUUUGGGUUGUAACGUUGAAGUUUUAAGGAAGGUAGCAGUUGGCCAUUGUGAGUGGAACGAGAAUGCGGAUGAUGACACGAAACCAGUUGUUCUUCGUACUGGAAAGCUCUGGGUCGCAGAGGCACUUGUAAGCCCUGAUCUCAAACACAGUGAUCACAUCUCUUCUGGAGAUGAUCAACGCCUAUUGUCGGAUUCGAAAGUCUCUGCGAUGGUGUCAUCGCCUGGGGCCGAGAAGGAUACCAUCUUCUCAACACCACAACUUCACAUUGUCAUGGCUGGGCCGUCGACUGCUGGAAAGUCUUCGCUUCUAGGCUCUCUGUCUACUUCCGCUCUUGACAACGGCAGGGGAAAGAGCCGACUUAGCCUUCUGAAACAUCGCCAUGAAAUUGCCUCCGGGAUCACAAGCUCAAUCGCGCAAGAGCUAAUAGGUUAUUCCCCCAAUGAGGCUGAUGGGACCGAACCUACGCCUGAUGUGGUAAAUUAUGCGUCUGGCAACGUGACUGCUUGGAACGAUAUUCAUGCAACCGCCCAAGGUGGCCGUCUUGUCUUCCUCUCUGAUCUACCUGGGUCAACUAGGUAUCUCAAGUCGACACUACGGGGAUUGGUCAGCUGGGAGCCUCAUUAUGUGCUGCUCUGUAUUCCAGCUAACAGCCAGUCAGAUUCUCCAAAAUUAAAUACUCCAUCUGAAAUGGACCUCUCUCUCUCAUAUUUGGACCUAUGCAUGAAGCUAGAACUCCCCGUCAUCGUUGCUGUGACAAAACUUGAUAUGGCUACUCGUUCCGGAAUCAGACAAACACUCGUCCAAAUCCUAUCCACGAUCAAGCUAAUUGGGAGGAAGCCUGUUAUGCUCGCGGCCCCAACAGAGAUUGCUGAACACGAAGUGAAUCUUCAACAGAUUUCACUUUCUGAUCAGCACGAUGUAGACAAAACAAUUGCUGCAGAAGGCACUGACUGGGCGACUAAGAUUCCCAUAGUUAUCACAAGCUCCGUUACUGGAGCGGGUAUUGGGAAGCUGCACGCAUUGCUCCGCUCCCUUCCUAUUCCCGUGAAGAGUUCUACAAGACCUAUAUCAAUUAGCGGCAGAAAGACUGCAAGGCAUGAAGCUGUGAAGCUGUUUGAUAUUACUGAAGUGUUUGAGGUGCCAGCCUUCAAAGUUUACUCUGUUGCAGGCGACAGCAAGCGUCAGCAUGAUAGAGCUAUUAUUUUGUGUGGUCGCGUCCGCCGUGGUAAUAUAUCUAUCGGCGACCAGCUUGUCAUUGGACCACUUAUGAUGGACUCACGAACGGAUAUCGAGUCGUCUCGUUUGGUUCCACGGUCAAAGUCGCUUUUCAGCAGGUCACUGCCAGAGGAACUUGCAACGUUUUACUUGCAGAACUCCCCUGCGGAUAAAGAUUGCUCUCAGGCGCAACAAGUGCACUGGCAGGUAAUUCGUGUCGUCAGUCUCCGCAAUCUGCGACUACCAGUGACUACUCUACUCGAGCACCAAAUCGGCACCAUCGGGAUAGAUAAUGCCGAAGCAACUCCAUAUCUAGGGAGCAUCCGAAAAGGCAUGGUAUUGGCUGAUUUCCACCCAAUUUCCUCCCCGCUUUCGAUACCGAGUUCACUCCUCGCGCCCAUCUUCCACACCGGAUUCGUUGCGAUAUUCCCAGCCUCAAACUUCUCUUCGACUCUCUCUUCUUCCCUUAUAAUAGGAGGUAACGCCAUUGUCUAUAUUGCCAGUAUCAGGGCGGCUGCCAAAGUAACAUGUGUCGAGGCCAACAGAAAUACGCAAAGACAGUCUUCAACUGGGGACGAGGAAAUCUUUUCGCUUGACAACGAUAUCUUUCCUGCGGCCAAAACAACACACCAUGGUCACCCUGAACCAAUUACUAACCACAAGUUAGGCAUGUCCAAUGGUUUUAAGGAAUCUGAUGACAUAAGAAUCUCGUUUUCCUUUGUUUCUACCGUGGAGUGGAUUGAGCUGAAUUCCCGCGUGCUUGCUAUUCCUGGCACCACGAUGGCAACAACGUCAUCAUCCUUACCUGCUGCGCCGGGGUCACUCCGAUUAAAGGGGUUUGUUGGACGUGUUUGCCAAGUUCUGAGCGAUCCAUCAUAAAGUAUUCAAUGUCGCCUUUCAUUUUGUUUUCUCUUUAUUGCGAGCGGCUUUUCCCAUAUUCUGUUAGCGUAUAUAUCUUGGUUAACCAACAAUUCUAGCGAAAUUUAAAAUAGAAUUCUGUUUUUUUCAUUUCACCGAUCGCGGUUGGUUUUAAUCAUGCAAAAAUGAUCAUAUAUCAGUACUCUGAUUUCAAAACUCUCAUCUGAUAACUUCUGUGAAUAAUCGUCAUAUACUACAUAGUUAUUAAUAUACUAUGCAUAGUUUUGUAGGCAUUAUAUUAAGAGCUAGACCAAACAUCC